UCCAUGUGCUUAGUCAUGACUUACAAUUUACUGCAGUUCACACUGAUCUGCGAAGUUGUUUGAUCAUACCAAUUGAGUUAUUUUAGAUUUCAAAUUUUUUAAGUCAAUGGUUGAAAGCGUGGAACAGAAUUGAUUUAACAUUAAUACAACGAGUGCAUUUCUUGAUUAAAAAUGGAUAACGAUUUUGUUCAUGAAAUUUGUAUGGUUGAUUCAUCAAAGCAAUUACUAAAGGAAGGCUUUAUUAAUUUAUGCAAAAAAUAUGGUUCUAUUAAAAGUAUAAAUAUUCACAAAACAAAUUAUGAAAAUCAAGCAUUUAUUCAGUUUGAAGAUAAUGAUGUUGCAGUCAAACUUUUAAAUGAAAAAUCAUAUUUGCCAUCCUUCAUAUCAGUAGAUCUUUCCAGUCGAACACAAAAAAUGAUGAAUUUACAAGAUGAAAAAGAAUUUCAAGAAGAUCAAAAAAAAUUAGAAUUGAAUAAUAAUCCGGAAACAACCAGUAAUAAUGAUGGAAUAAAUAAAACAGUAGCUGAAACUUUAGUUUAUAUUGGACCUGAGAUUUCUGGAAGAAGUUUAAUGGAGGAUUACAAACAAUUUAAAACAGAAAUCAAAUUACCUUAUAAUCUGGGAAAUGAUGAUCUUUUUGGAAAACCUCUUAGUACAAAAUGGGAAAAAAUAAAAGAGCCUGAAUUUGAAAUUAAUAAACUUGAUUUUUAUAAUCGUUUUGAAAAUUGUAUGGGUGGUGAAAUUAAAAUUGAAAAAAAGUUAAGUCCAAACAUGUUUACUGGUUUGACUACAAUUUUUAAUGAUGGUGAAAAUGUACAAGAUAAAUUAAAGACUAUUAGCAAUGAUAUUGAAUGUUCUGAUAUUUUAAAUGUAAAUAAUCUGAAGUAUGGAAUGUUAGUGGGUGCAUUUGAUAAUGCAACUAAUUUGUAUGGUCGUGGAUAUGUGACUUUAGUUGCUGGAAAUAGUGUUAAUGUCGCUUUGAGUGAUUAUGGUAGAGUAAUCAAUACAAAACAAAUUAGGGUACUACCUGAAAAAUAUAAUCGGGUGCCUGCCUAUUCAUUUAAAGUACAUACCAAAGGUGACCAUGUUCCACAAUUAAAAAAAACAUCUUAUACUUUCAAAGUGUGCAGUGUUUGUCCUGAAAGAAUUGUGUUGAUAAUAUUUGAUGAAAAUAAAGAAAUUAAAGUGCAAUUGAAAAAAUGGCAGCCUACUAUAGAAGAAUCUGGUGUUUCAUACAUUGAUUUUAAGAACAAUAGCUCUGUAGAAUUACUCAAGUUAAAAUAUAUGAACUCCGUAUUUAUUAGAUCAAAAGAAAAGCAUCAUUUUGACUUUUUUUUUUCAUCUUGGAACAAUUUAGCAGCCUAUUGCUAUAAAAAUUCUCAGCCUUUAAAUAGAAAACCAGUUUAUGGUGAAAUUGUAGGUUUUAAAUCUACUUUAACCAAUAAUUAUGUCAGAGGUAGAGUUCAUCAAUUUUUAGAAGACGAUAUUUAUUGUGUGAAGCAUAUGGAUGAUCCCUUAAGAGAAAAUAUCAAAUCAUCUGAAAUGAUAGAAUUACAGUUUAAACAUAAAAGUAUACCUGUAAGUGUUUUAAAAGUAGAACUGAAUAAUGCUUUGCCAUAUCCUAUGCUGUUUGAUGCUAAAAAUUUUGUUGAACAUGUUAUUGGUAUUCGUCUUUCUGUGCACUUUGAUGAUUCGAAAGCAGAAGGAUGGAAACAUAUAGAUUUAAAUAUUAAACCUAUAAAAGAAAACUUUAAUUCUAUUUUAUAUAGUUUAGCUGAACCUUUGUGGCUGAAAGAUAACAUUACCAUGAAUAGUUCUUUGGAAAAUUUUCCUAAAUACAUGGAUUUAUUCAGCAUCGAAUUGGUUGAAAAAUCUGUUGUAAACUUGAAGUUUGUUAUGUAUCAUGAUGGAGUAUUUUAUAUGAGAGACAAAUUAUUUGGAAAAUCUUUUUCAGUUUUAUCUUAUAUGAUUAGAGAGUAUUGUAGCUUGAAUAUGAGUCCUUAUUUACCACAUAUUAAUGAAGUAUGCCUAGGCCAUUUUCCAGACGGUUUGUGGUACAGAGUAAUAUGUGAUCAAAUGAAACCUGGUGAAUUGGUUAAAGUACAUUCUAUAGAUUUGGGAAACGUUGCAUACUUGAAUACUACAAAUUUAAAAAGACUUCCAGAAGAAUUAAUGUUUUGUCCAACUCAUGUUUAUCUGUGCAUUUUAGAUCCUUCCAUUCAAAUAAAUGAAAACAAUAUUGAACUAUUACAAAAAUAUGAAAAUACUGAUUGUGAAUUAACUAUUUUAAAAAGUCUAGGUGGUAAAAAUCAUUACUUAUUCAACUGCCCAUUCUUCGAAGAGAUUCUUCAAUGACUUAUAGUUACUAGUUUUAACUAUAGUUAUAAUAUUUUAAUAAAAUAGUUUUAAGAUAAUCAAAUUAUAUG